AUGGCGGUUUGGGCUCUGCGUAGGGAUGAAUUUACUAGAUUGUCGUGUGCGAAGCCUAACACCGGCCUCAAGUUUUUGAUACUAAGAAACGAGGACAUGACGACGCUCCGCGCAAUAGCAAUUGCGACUAUCCUACUGGUUGUGACAGUGAAUGCACUUCAGGCUAAUCAUUCAUGUGUUGCUUCAUUGCCAUCAAACUCAAGCGGUUUUAACAAGAAUGCUACCGGUAAAGAAUUAGUACAGAAGGUUUUUUCUAGAGAAUCAGCUGGCAAAACCUCUCUUACUCACAGGGCAAAUGAACUGUUUUCAAUCCCCUGGGAUGGGCCUGCUGGGACAGUAAGGAAUUUCGACUUUACCAAUCUGGGACUACCAGAUGCAAUCAACUUGCAUAAGUCGUGCACUGACAACUACCACAGUUUCACGGCGAACAAUACAUGUCCUAACAAAGACUUCGCACAGCGUUUUCUGGGUCACACAUUGAAUAGCACGAGUUCGAAUAAUUUUUCAACAGGGUUUUCAUCGAACAAGAAGAAAGACGAUGGUGGUUUUUUGGGGAAGAACACGAAAUUUCCUUCAUUAAAAAGCCUUCCAAUCACUCGAAAUUCAUGUCAGGGGUUUUUUUCUUUCACAAUUUUUGGGGUAAAUUUCCACGUAUCUUUCAACUGCAACCAAAAUCCCAUAGAUCGUCAUCAUUGUGAGAUGUAUUGCGAAGGUUGCUUGCAAGACAAAGUAGGAGGCAUGUAUUCAUCCGUGUAG